AUGGCAAGUCGAAUAUUUAAAAUUUAGUUAACUUUAAUUGUUGUUGAUUAUUUAGUCUGCAAUGAAAUAAGAAAUAUUAUCAAAGUUUUUCAUUUCCAUCUUUAGAGCAAAUAGGAGUUAAAAUUUAUAUCUUCAAAAUUAUGGUAAUAGUUACUAUAUUAGUAUUUGAAAAUGGAUUUGAUGAUGUUUUAAUUACAUUAUUAGUCUAUCAUAUCCUAGAUGUAUUGAUUAGUAUAUUGGAACAACCUAUGAAUUAGGAAUUGUAAAAAAUUAGAUUUUCAAUUUAUUUUUAGUUCUUAGAAGUAUUGA